CGUGCACGCUCCCGAAAGCCGGAGCGCUCCUUACUUCACUCUCAUUCCUCUCCUCCUCCCGGCAGCAUCCAGAACCACAGCGGAAGCAUCCCCAUCACUCUUUGCCUCUCCUCCUCCUUUUUCUCUCUCACCACCAGACCUCUCUCCACUGCGUCUCUCACCCAUUUGCUCCCCGCCCCCCUCCACCUACCCAGCUCGGUCCCUCUCACUCCUCUGACGCACGACAGGCAAACGGACCCAAGAAAGCGAGACACCCAAAAAAAUAAGGGGGAAAAAAAGAAAAGUAAAGGGAGGAAAAAAGACAGCAGCUGACCCAGCCGUCAUUAUGAUCCACAGGCUAUUGGCACUUGGGCACAGGACAGAGACGCGGUCCUGAAACCAAGGGGAGGACACUCUCACCCGGCUACACUGCUGUUGAGUGCUCGCCCGGGGGACGGCAACGGCGGCGGCGGCGGAGGAGGAGGAGGAGGAGGAGGAGGAGGAGGAGGGAGGAAGAGGAAGCGGACGGGCACAAGUCAAGGGCUUGCAUUUUAAGUAAACUGUUUAUAAAAAAGACUAGGAAGAAAGGUAGAGAGUCAAAGUCACCCGAGAGCCGGAGAGGGAAAGAUUGCAUUCCCAUCACGUCUUCAAUCCUCUCUUUUGCCUCAGCCGCUGAGCGAGGGUGAGAGAAAGAGAGCGAUAGAGGGAGUGAGAGAGAGAGAGAGAGAGAGAGAGACUGAGACAGAGGGAGGGAAAGAGAGAGCGAGAUCUAACAAGAUUCACACUUGUGCUCUUUUCCCCCCUGAUGCUGUCCAACUGCGGUACGAAACUAAGCCCGGCAUUGGAUGGUGAGAUGGGACGCACCGGGCAAUAACAGAACACAUCGCUGGAGGAUAUGUGAAGUUGGAAUCCCACUAAACUAAUGCUGUGAAGUGGCUCUGUCCCUGGAGCCGAGACUUCAUCCCUUUGGUGUCAGCGAGGAUGCUGUGGGUUACCUUGCUGAGCACCAUAGCCUUAGGAUGGACCACCCCGAUCCCACUACUAGAGGACUCCGAGGAGAUCGACGAGCCGUGCUUUGAGCCCUGCUACUGUGAGGUCAAGGAGGGCAUCUUCCAUGUCCACUGUGACAGCAAAGGAUUUACAAAUGUCAGCCAGAUCUCCCAGAUAUGGAGCAGGCCGUUCAAACUCAACCUGCAGAGAAACUCCAUGAGGAAGCUUUACUUUAACAGCUUCCUCCAUCUCAACAAUGCCAUAUCCAUUAACCUGGGUAAUAACGCCUUGCAAGAUAUCCACGCGGGAGCGUUUAAUGGCUUAGGAAUACUCAAGCGGCUGUUCCUGCAUGAAAACAAACUAGAAGUUUUCCGGAAUGACACUUUUCUGGGGUUGGAGAGUUUAGAGUAUCUCCAGGCGGACUACAACGUCAUCAAACGGAUUGAAAGUGGUGCAUUCCGGCAUCUUCACAAAUUGAGAGUGCUCAUACUAAAUGACAAUCUGAUUCCCAUGCUCCCAAAUUAUCUUUUCCGAUCCAUCUCACUAACACACCUGGACCUGAGAGGAAACAGACUAAAAAAUUUGCCGUAUAAGGGCACUCUCGAGUACGUUGGAAGGAACCUAAUGGAAAUCCAGCUGGAGGAGAACCCCUGGAACUGUGUGUGUGAGAUUGUCCAGUUAAAAACUUGGCUGGAGCGAAUUCCUUAUACAGCUUUGGUAGGUGAGAUCACAUGCGAGUACCCAUUCCAUUUACAUGGCAAGGACUUACGGGAAAUCAAGCGCAGUGAGCUCUGUCCGCUGCUCUCAGAUGCAGAGAUUGAGGCCAAGCUGGCAAUUCCCCGGAUCCCAUUCAGCAAUGAGAACACAUGGCCUACUAAACCUUCCUCCAUGCUCUCGUCUUUUCACAACACAGCCUCUUCUGUGGAAUACAAGGAAAGAGUUGUCAAGCCCACCAAACGACCUCGGCCCACAAAGAACCCUCCAACCGCUCAUAGCAACUAUCCAGGCAUCAACCAGCCCCCUGUUGCGGGCUACCAAACAAGGCCUCCCAUCCCAAUCAUUUGUCCAUCCGGAUGUACAUGCAACCUUCACAUCAAUGACCUGGGGCUAACAGUGAACUGUAAAGAGAAAGGCUUUCACAACAUCUCCGAGCUCCUCCCACGGCCUGUCAAUGCCAAGAAAUUAUAUCUUAGUGGGAACUUAAUACAGAAAAUAUACCGAUCUGACUUCUGGAACUUCUCAAGUUUGGAUUUACUGCAUUUAGGGAAUAAUCGGAUAUCUUAUGUCCAAGAAGGCGCCUUUAUCAACCUGCCUAGUUUGAAAAGUCUAUAUCUGAAUGGAAACGACAUUGAGAGACUCACCCCUGGGAUGUUUCGGGGGCUUCAGAUGUUGAGGUUUCUUUACUUUGAGUACAAUGUGAUACGUGAGAUACAACCCAACUCCUUCUCCCUGAUGCCAAACCUCGAGCUGGUUUUUCUCAAUGACAACCUGUUACGCUCCCUUCCCAAUGGCGCAUUUGCUGGCACCAAUCUUGCACGCCUCAACCUCAGAAACAACUACUUCAUUUCCAUGCCCGUCCGUGGAGUUCUGGAGCAUCUAACCUCCAUUGUUAAGAUCGAUCUUUAUCAGAACCCCUGGGACUGCUCCUGCGAUAUCGCCCCCCUCAAGCAGUGGCUGGAAAAGCUGUCUUCUGUGAUUGUGGUGGGAGACGUCAUCUGCAAGACACCAGAAUUCGCGUUUGGCAAGGACCUGCGAUCGCUUGAGGUUGAGGUCAUCUGUCCUGAGCUCAAGUAUUCUUCAAGCCCCUCCCCCCCACUGCCUGGUAGGGACGACUCCACCACAAAGAGCUCCGAGAUGGGCGAAGCCGGUGGGAGAGGCGCUGUCCCACUGUCCGUCCUCAUUCUCAGCCUACUCAUCCUCUUCAUCUCUGCCGUGUUUGUUGCUGCCGGGCUUUUCGCCUUUGUUCUUCGUCGCAGGAAGAACCUUCCUUUCCGGAAACGUUCCGAGGUAGAUCUGACCGGGAUCCAAAUGCAAUGCAGGAUUUUCGAGGACCCACCGAGGCAGAGCUGCGCUGGUAACACUGGCACCCCAGAAAAAACGACCCCUAGUAUGCACACUCACUCUCACGCUGGUCACACACAUGCCCAUGGUCACGUUUAUGACUACAUUCCCCAUCCGGUGACGCAGAUGUGUAACAACCCCAUCUAUAAGCCUAGAGAGGGGGAGAUAGCAGAGGAAGACAGAGCGCAGUUUCAAGAGAAGAAAGACAGUGGCAACAGUAGCAGCAGUAACUACAGGACAUUAUUAGAGAAGGAGAGAGAGUGGACCCUGGCCGUCUCUAACUCUCAACUCAACACCAUCGUCACAGUUAACCACUCCACGGCUGACAUGGCAGCAUUUCACGAGAACGGAGGGCUAUGCCACACAGUAAUUGACAGUCAGAGGCCCACACCAACAGUGGGCUUUGUAGACUGUUUGUAUGGGACAGUGCCCAAACUAAAGGACAUGCAUGUGGCGCAUGCGCACCCACCAGGCAUGCAGUACCCGGAUUUGCAGCAGGACGCACGGCUGAAGGAGACAUUGCUUUUCACAGCGGGGAAAGGCUGCUACCCCGACCAGUCCCAAAGCGAUUACCUCGAGUUAAGGGCCAAACUUCAAACCAAGCCUGAUUACCUCGAAGUUUUGGAAAAAUCCUACCGGUUUUAACAUCUCUCUCACAUGAAGAACAAAAACAAAAACACAAAAUCAACACAUUUACUUUGUCACCCCGAAAACAAACAUCACCCCAAACCAACAUAACAAAAUACAAACAAGAACAGCAUGUUAUGAAAUAAAAUAUAUUACAGUUACAAAGUUUCCCCCCCAAAAUCACUUUGGAGGAGAGGCCAUUCUCAGAUAUUUCAAUGAAGUGCCUUUUUUUCAGAGUAGCCAGCAAUGUCAACAGCCGUUAUUUUUAUAACAUAUAAAUAUCUCUAUAUGCCCGACAAAGAGCAGAAGAGGAACGAGAGGGGCGCCGGGAAAUAAAACAUAUAAAACAUCCUAAAAUACAUCUGUCUCUAUAACCCCUUUUCAUGGAGUUAACAUGAUGCCCACCAAGCACGGGAGCUGGACGUCUCCCUGACUUUGGGGUUUCUUUCUGUACACUUUAACCCCUGACUAGGAUGUACGACCACCCGGAGGCCAUGCACAUGGAGUUUGUAGGAAAUAAUCGAAAGAGAGAGAGAAAAAAAAAAAAAAGUAUAUUAAAAUGAACUGCAGUUUGCUGCAUGCACUUGCUUCAGUGCAGGAAGCGAGGGGAUUUACUCACAUCACAUCAUGAACAGAGAUACUGUAACACAUUUACAGUUCAGUGUUCUAUUUAAUUUUUAUAUCUUAUUAAUAUGGUUAUUACGAUUAAUGAGGACUUCCGUCUAUAUCAGGGUGCUUCUCGUAAAAAAAAAAGGAUGCGCCGAGGCACGGAUGGUAAAACAUUUGUGAAUAUUAUUAUAAGACAACGCUCAAGGUUUUCUGGAUAUUUCCCUGCACUUUGUUGAUGCCCCUUCCAUUGCUUCUGGAUUCCCCAUCGUCACCCACUAACGGCUUUGUAGGAGGCACUUUUAAUGUUUUCUCUCUCACAAAGAUUUGAAGAUUUGAAAAAUGUGCAUAUAUUUAUUCUGUAAUUUCAGUGAAGAAUUUAAUUGUAAAGGUAAUGUUAAAUCAAUGUAUAGUGAUUAUGCGUCUGGUAUAGCCUUCUUAAUAAAAACAAACUCUUCAAUCACAUGUUGAAAGGGUGGAUGCCACGGGAACUUGUGUGUAGAGGGUUGUGUAUUUGGUGUCUUGUUAAUGGCUGGCCAAAAAUCAAGAGGUAAUGCUGCUGGGGAUGAGAUACGAGCUAGAGGACCAAUAGUGAGUGCUAGACAGGAAUGUUGCAGAGGGAAAUAACAUUACAACUGAAUAUGAAUACUUUUUAUUUUCAAAUUAGUACCAGGUUUAUUUCUCUCAUAGGAACAAGGGUCAAUUAAAGCGGCAAAAAUGUUUUUUGGUUUAGUUAUCUAAAAAAUAUAAUAUUUUUCUGUUUGUAGGUAGUUUGUCCUAUGACCCUUACCAAAUGGAUAUCACAGUGUGCUAUUUGUAUGCGCCGCUUUAUAACUUGUCCUAUAGGACAUAAUGAAGGCAAAAGAAUUCAGCUGGUUUUAAAGUUGAUUGUUUGACGGGAUAUACCAAAUCAGUGCAGCGCGCUGCAAUUUGAAUUAUCUUAACGGGUAUUGCUGAUGACGGUCAAUAACCAGUAAUUGAAAAGGCGAAUGAAAACACGAUCGAGUGUCGCUCUUUGAAUUUGCACAUCUAAUUUCUGAUCCCUUCCACGGUAGCAAUGUGGAGAUAUUCCACAGGAGGGCGAUAAAAAGGCUUUCAGUCAUUGGGCAUUUAGUAGAUUGGAUGCAGUUAUGAUGUUUGCACAAAAUGCUUAUUCUAAGAGAUUAUUCAUAUGUCUCAUUUAAGUAUGAUAUUUUUUUCCAAUAUAUAGAUGUAAAAAAAAAUGGCAUAAGAAUUUUAUCCAUUAUCAGUUUAAUCUGUUUAAUGCUUUCUUUACCUUUCUUCUUUAUUGCUUUUUUUCAAACAUAUUGACAUGAAAAUGGCCAACUAAAAAUGAAGCAUUAUCUUGAAAAAACAAGAAAUCUUGAGAGGGAUGACUAUCACGUGAACAGUUUUUUAACCCUCAACAGUCUCUUUCACGACACAUAUUGAUUGUAUAACUUUUUUGCUGUUAUUUUUGGAUAAGUCUGAUUUAUUUAUGGGACCAAAUAUUACACAAAAAAGGUUUGAGCAGCUGGGAGUAAAUUUGGUUUUGCCGGUCACAACGUUAUAGUGCUUUUUAUCUUUCUGAAGUGACAUUUUUGUUUGAGAAAAAUAUGAUUCAAUCUUGAUGUCUACACAUUUGUGACUAUCUAUGAUAAAAAGGCUGCAUUUCUGUUUCAUUUGAAAAUGGCCAUGACAUGCCAUUUGCUUUGAUUUUAAUAGGUUUAGGAGUGAUGAUCCUCAAUUGCAAUUGGUUUUCUGUCAACUUACGCUAAAUGAAAGACAUGUAGCAAACCACAUACUUCCAUGUUAAAUGGGAAGGCCCUUAGCUAGUUUAGAGCAAUCAUCAUCAGUAAGGAUCCAGUCUACAAGCUUGCAUAAUAUGAAACAUUUUACCCUGUGUUGCAAUCAUUGUUUAGUUUCUUUGACAAUUAUUGUUGCUAAAAAUGACUGGAGAUCAUUGUCAUAUAAAGCCUUUUUGAGCAUGGUAGCAUUACGCCGAGCCUCCGUUUCCCAGUCGCAGAACGUUUCACUAUGCUGUACCCCUACUUUCUGCCCCCCCCCACCUCAUUGCUCUGCUCCUUUGUUUAUUUUCUCACCUAUGUACUUUCAAACACACACACGCACACACAGACACACACACACACACAUACACGCACACACACACACAAACCAACACGUUCAGCUUUCCUUUCCCUGACCAAGAGGUUAGUCUAUAUGUGGUCAGCGUUUUAAGUGUGCACUCAGUUUGAUUAAAAACAUAAUGCAUUACUAUGUUGAGCCCAAACGUCACCCUCACCCCUAACCCCCCCAAAUUAAUGAACAAAUAAAGUUUUGGGAUCAUUGAUGA